AUGGAAGCAGGAAACCAAACAAAGUUUUCAGAAUUUCUCCUACUGGGCUUCUCUGAGUAUCCAGAACUACAGUCCCUCCUCUUUGGCAUGUUCCUGUCCAUGUAUCUAGUCACUGUGCUCGGGAAUCUGCUCAUCAUCCUGGCUGUGACCUCUGACUCCCAUCUCCACAACCCCAUGUACUUUUUUCUCUCCAACCUGUCCUUUGUUGAUAUUUGUUUUGUCACCACCACAGUUCCUAAGAUGCUGGCAAAUAUCCACACACAGAGCAAGGGCAUCUCCUACAUAGGAUGCCUCAUUCAGAUGUAUUUCUUUAUUCUUUUUGUUGCAAUGGACAAUUUUCUCCUGACUGUGAUGGCCUAUGAUCGCUUUGUGGCCAUCUGUUACCCCUUGCACUACAACGUCAUCAUGAACCCCCAACUCUGUGGCUUGUUAGUUAUGAUGUCUUGGGUCAUAGCUUUCUCAGUCUCUCUGCUUCAUACUUUACUAAUCAUGCGACUGACUUUCUGUGUAGAUACUGAAAUUUCAAAUUUCUUCUGUGAUCUGGCUCAGAUUCUGAAGGUGGCCUGCUCAGAUACCCUCAUCAAUAAUAUCAUUUUAUUUGUGCUCUCUGGUCUGCUGGGUGUGUUUCCCCUCACUGGAAUCCUCUACUCUUAUUCUCAGAUUGUCUCCUCCCUAAUGAGAAAGUCUUCUGCUCAGAGCAAGUAUAAAGCAUUUUCUACUUGUGGGUCUCACCUCUCUGUUAAAAGGGCCAGAAGAGCCAUAAAGGAGCUGCUUUUAGAAUUUGUACAAAGUAUAUCCAAAUAUGCCAAGGUGUGUACUGUGUUGGAUAUUGUGCUUGUUACCAACAUUCCCUUUCAGGAUUAA